CAAUGAUAAGACGCAUUUCUUUGUACCAAAUGUCAAAUUUCCUGAAUUGCCCAUCCACCGAACAUGGACUCAUUUCAGAAAUGAGGAUCUUUGGGUCAUUUUCUCAAUAUCUGGUGUUGCUUUCCUUGUACCACACGAUCCUUAUAGCUCAUCAUCUAAUGGCCAUUUAAUCCGCCAGAGAAGAAGAAGAAGAAGAAAAUAGAUUAGGGUUUUUCAUUCCAGAAUAGCCCUAAUCCAAAUUCGAAAUCUUUCUUCUGAUUUUGAUCUUUCCGAUCAUGUCAUCGGUCUGUGUUAACGAAGCAUUAACCGAUGACGAGCUGAGAUGGGUAUUGUCGAGACUAGACAGUGAUAAAGAUAAGGAAGUGUUUGGUUUGGUCUGCAAGAGGUGGCUAAAUCUGCAGAGUACCGACCGGAAGAAGCUAGCGGCACGUGCUGGUCCACAUAUGCUCCGCCGUCUCGCUUCUAGGUUCACUCAAAUCGUCGAAUUGGAUUUGUCUCAGUCAAUUUCUAGGUCCUUUUAUCCAGGAGUUACUGAUUCUGACCUCGCUGUUAUCUCUGAGGGAUUCAAGUUUCUCAGAGUUCUUAAUCUUCACAACUGUAAAGGUAUUACAGAUACUGGAUUGGCCUCAAUUGGAAGGUGUCUUUCUUUACUGCAGUUUUUGGAUGUAUCAUAUUGUAGAAAGCUCUCAGAUAAAGGAUUAUCAGCUGUUGCAGAAGGCUGCCAUGAUCUAAGGGCAUUGCAUUUAGCGGGUUGUCGUUUCAUCACCGAUGAAUCGUUGAAAUCACUCUCUGAGAGAUGCCGUGAUCUCGAAGCUCUGGGGCUACAAGGCUGCACCAAUAUCACUGAUUCAGGUCUUGCUGAUCUUGUGAAGGGAUGCAGAAAGAUAAAAUCUUUAGACAUUAAUAAAUGUAGCAAUGUUGGAGAUGCUGGAGUUUCGAGCGUGGCGAAAGCUUGUGCAUCUUCCCUCAAGACACUCAAAUUGCUGGACUGUUACAAAGUCGGGAACGAAUCUAUAUCGUCGCUGGCGCAGUUUUGCAAGAAUCUGGAAACUCUGAUAAUCGGUGGAUGCAGAGAUAUCUCUGACGAAUCUAUCAUGUUACUGGCAGAUUCCUGUAAAGACAGUCUCAAGAACUUGAGGAUGGAUUGGUGCUUGAAUAUAUCUGACUCUUCCCUUAGCUGCAUUCUCAAGCAGUGCAAGAACUUGGAGGCUCUAGAUAUUGGUUGCUGUGAAGAGGUCACAGACACUGCUUUCCGGGAUUUAGGGAGCGACGAUGUUUUGGGAUUGAAGGUUUUAAAGGUUAGCAACUGCACGAAGAUCACAGUAACAGGGAUAGGCAAGCUUUUGGACAAAUGCAGUUCCCUGGAGUAUAUAGAUGUAAGGUCUCUUCCACAUGUGACAGAAGUGAGAUGCAGUGAAGCUGGUUUGGAGUUCCCAAAAUGUUGUAAAGUUAACUUUUCAGGUAGUUUAACCGAGCCAGAUGUUCUGCUUUGAUCGUUGCUGUUGGGAUCUCGUUACUUGUCUGUUGGGAAAUUCUGGUAACCCUAAACCUUCUGUGAUCUCUCUAUCUGUCUCGUGUAUGGGCACACUCAUAGCUUAUAGUUCAUCAGUGAGUCUUCUCUCAAGCUCUUGUAUAUUUUUGUGCAUUAAAUAUUUGGUUGUAGCGGCUGCUUGAUUAUUCUUCAGUUGCUUUGCAAAGUGUGUGUAGUUGUUGUUGAACCUGCUUCUCCUUAAGAGUAAAAAAAGGUCAGCACUUGAUAUUUGUAAACUCUGAUUCUCAAUGUACUGAUUUCUUAAUACUUGAUUCAUCCCAUUACACUUCUUUUGACA